AUGCCUCCCCCUGCAACCAGCGGCAGGUUCACUCCUCGCGAGAGCCGAGUCGACGUAUUGAUUGCUUGCGAGCACGGCAAGAUCUGUGUACAGCCUCCCCGUUUCAACAUGAGCGAAUAUAACGUGACGCCGUUUGUGGACGGGCGCCGCAUCCGGGGGUGCAUCACAGCGUCGAAGGGCGGCCGUGUUACACGACCCACUUGCAUCAGUUACGCCUAUGAGGCUAGUGGUGAGAGAGUCGUCAAGAAAACGUUGAGGUUCGCACAGCUUGAGCACACUGGUGACCCGAGUUAUCGCCCCGGCGUGGGCAUGGGGGCUAUCGAAGUCGUACUCUCCAAAGGCAAAGCUACCAUGGGUGGCAUGAGCCUCCCCCGCGUGUCCAUUGCGCCACAAUCUGCCAUACACGGGACAGGAGAGGAUGUGAGUAGCAAGGGUGUUGAACGACGAGAACUAACAUGUAGCGGAGACAUCAUCGAAGAGGCCGAGCCGAGUAGGGUCUACCAUCUCAAGGUCGAUACAAGCGUUCCCAAAUGCCGUGUGCGCUUCUUGGAAGCCGUCAAAGCACAACUGUCGGUGGCGGAGUACAACGUUCGGCUCUGCCCAGACCCUGGGCCACUCACUCCACUGGUAGACCGGAAGAAGAAGUUUAAGACAAACUCGGGAGUCGCCCUCAAUGUCGGACCCGUCAGUGCGAUGGCCAGCGACUCUGGCAUUGGGGAGGAACAUUUCGUCAAGAAGGAGCCCAGCCUUCAGGGAGAACUCGGCCUCAACAAUAUCCUCAACAGCAAGAAGCAGUUCAGCAUUAAGAAGGAGCCGAGCGCCACCAAUGAGAUGUUUAUCAAAAAGGAGCCCGACGUCAAGGAGGAGCUCAGCAUCAAGAAGGAACCGUAA